CGGUCCCGUUCAGUUUUAACACAUUUAACACCAUUCGGCCCUGCCGAUAACUUACAGGAAUGUUUCAUUUUAACAACACGGAAUGUUACUAAUUAAUCAACUAAUUAUCAAUGCAGUUAUAAGAAUCUGUAACCGACGGGAAUGGAGUGCUCCUUCAUUAUCUUCUGUCAGACGUCUAUCUUUCGUUUUUUCUAGUUUCGUAAGCGUUUUUUACUGUAAUUUUUCUUUUAUAACUAUUGUUGCUCUCUAAGUUUUUUAAUAAUUUGAGGCAGAAGAAUGUCACUCUCAGCCGCGGAAACGCUAAAGGGCAGGGCUAGUCAACUGCAGUUUUAGCACGCAACUAUUUGUCGUAUGCAACUGCAAAUAAGGGCGGGAAGCAGGCUAUUAGUGCAAGAAUGGAGGCGGGUCACGCCCUGAGGAGAGAAAGGUCAGGCCGUGAUGAACCCAUCUGGUCGCACGUCUUUACGUGAUGCGAAUUCGCAGAUCAGAGUUCAUCAAACUGGAACGCAGCGGCAUGCGCAACUUUGCAACCGAAACUUGCGUGUCCAGUCUGUCGCAUUCGCAUGUAUGGGAGUCAAUGGAGCAAAAAGACAGGUGUGACCGCGACCGAAGACGCCAUUUUAACGUCACAAUGGUUUCAGACGGUUUCAGGUUUGCUUCUAUAAAUAAGUAUCCAGAACAAUCUUCAUCAUCAGAAAGCUUCAUCCAUCUGUUCAUCAUUCUGCAAACAUGUUUCAUGGAGAGCUGAGCUUUCUCACCUUGUUGGUGCUACUAUGCCUGCAUGGGGUCAAAGCAGUUGACCUCAUCACCUGUGAGGGAGAAACUGCCAGUCUCACCUGUGCUCAAGGAACCAUUUUGGUGAUGUCUGCCAAUUAUGGGCGUACAGACAGCACAACCUGCUCUUCUGGAAAACCAGCGGGACCACCCUCAAAUGUGCUGUAAUUCUAACAAUUUUUUUUGCGUGUAACAAACAUUAGUAUGACACUAUUUUUCAUCAGCACAGGGAACCAUUAAUGUGCUUUCUGCCAAUUCUGGGCGUACGGACAGAAAAGCCUGCUCUCCUGGAAGACCAGCUAACCAACUCUCAAAUGUUCAGUGCAGACAGAGCACAUCCCUAAGUGUGCUGACCACUCAGUGUGAUGCAAUGCAGAAUUGUUCCAUUGUUGUGGGGAAUGCAGCUUUCACUGAACCUUGUCUUGGAACUUACAAAUACCUGAAUGUGUCCUACGAGUGCAUCUUACCACCAAGUGCACCAACGACAAAUCUGGUCACCUGUGAAUCAGAAACUGCCCGUCUCAGCUGUGACCAGGGAAACAUUAAUGUGCUUUCUGCCAAUUAUGGCCGUACGAACAGCUCAACCUGCUCUACUGGAAAACCAGCUAACCAACUCUCAAAUGUUCAGUGCAGACAGAGUACAUCCCUAAGUGUGCUGACCACUCUAUGUAAUGGACAGCAGAGUUGUUCCAUUGUUGUGGGGAAUGUAGCUUUCACUGAACCUUGUCCUGGAACUUACAAAUACCUGAAUGUGUCCUACGAGUGCAUCACACCACCACCGCCAAGUGCACCAUCAACAAAUCUGUUUACCUGUGAAUCACAGACUGCCCCUCUCAGCUGUGCACAAGGAACCAUUAAUGUGCUUUCUGCCAAUUAUGGACGAACAGACCAAACAACCUGCUCUACUGGAAAACCAGCUAACCAACUCUCAAAUGUUCAGUGCACACAGAGCACAUCCCUAAGUGUGCUGACCACUCAAUGUGAUGAAAAACCAGAUUGCUCCAUUUCUGUGAACAACGCAGUUUUUGGUGAUCCGUGUGUAGGAACUUACAAAUACCUGAAUGUGUCCUACACCUGCGUCCCAACAAUUAUUAUCUGUCAAGAUAAAGGCAGUACCAUUACCUGUGAGGGGAAUCGCAAACUUAACAUUCACUUUGCUAAUUACGGGAGGAGAGAUGCGGUGACCUGCCCUCAUUCUCGUGCCAGCGCCAUGUCCUCCACGUGCACAUCUUCACAGACCAGGAACCUCCAACUCCGGUGUAAUGGCAAGAGACGUUGUGUCCUAAAUGCUUCCAAUUCACAGUUUCAUGAUCAGUGCCCUCACAUCCAUAAAUACUUGGAGGUGUCUUACAGUUGUGAUUAAAUGGGAGUAAUUUUUGUAUCGUUCAUUUGUCUUUGCAACCACUUUGUUUAUAUGGUUUAAUGACAUAAAUGUAAUUUCACGAUAUGAUAUGAAGACAAUACGCUUGUUUAAAAUCAGAAUCCUAUUUUCUAUCAGAAGCUAAUCAUUGGUAAACUCUUGACAAGCUUCAUUCAUGACAAGCAGUUUUAUACCAUAUUGUUAAAGUAUUCCUUAUACUGCUUUGUAGUGUUUUUCCUUGUUCUGACAUACAAUUUCUUCACAGUGAAAGAUGACUCCGCAAUGUGAACACAUGCAAUUCUUUUACACACAAUUUAUGUGAUCAUUUAUUGAAUGGUAAAAAAAUCUUUUUAUUUGGAGUAAUAAUUACACUCAAGUGAUUUUAAUACAUUUAACUGGUUGAGGCAGAGUUUCAAUCAUGUAGAAUCAUGUAGAAUCUGAAUCGGUGAAUGUUUGAUUAACUUCAAUUCUGUAUUUUCUGAAUAUUAUAAAAAUUGCCCUUUUGGUUUUCAUCACAAGAGUGUUCAGUCACAAGAUAGUUCAACAGCUAGAAUAAUAUACUGUUUCAGGAUUUAUUAUGGGUUUUGGUUGCUUUUUUGUUUUA